GCGGAUCUCGCCUCCUUCUGCCGUGGUUGUGUGUGUGGGGAGAGAGAGAGAGACAUUACAUUAUUAUCAUUAUUAUUGUUGUUGUACGGUGAGGGGAAGAGACAGAGAGAGAGAGAGAGUGGGAGGGAGUGGGUUCGUGGUCGCGCUGUUUUGAACGCCGCUCGUUAAACGUUCCCAACUCAAUUCCCUAAUUACCUCGCCCGGGCGGUGAGGACGACGAGGCCGACGUUUCGGGCCAGGCGAGCGGGGCCGGGACAAGGGAGGACGACGAGGACGACGUCGUCUCGGGGGCCGGUCGCUUCACUUCCAAGACCCCGCGACGACGACGCCGACUCAGCCUCAGCCGCCAAACUCGGGGGACGAAUCUCGCCCUGAUGGCGUGCGUUGCGGUGGAGCUGCCGGAUCCCCGGUCUGACUUCGCAGCGUGGCUGGGCGCACACGGAGUCAAGGCGCCCUGCUUUGCCGAAGCCGUGGAGCGAGAGUUCGGCAUUGGGGACUAUGAUGACCUCAUGGCAUGUGCCGAGGACGAGCAGGUCACGCUGGAGCUGUUUGCGAUGGCUCGGUGCCGGCUGCCCUUUGCACUCUAUGCUGCACUGCGCCGCGUCAUCAAGGCAUGCGUGCCCGCUCUCCCGCAGGCCCGCGCCGAGCAAGAGGCCGGCGUGGGCCUGAGGGGGCUGCUUGCCAUCAUCGUGGCCACGCUCAGCAGCCUGAGCCAGGAGCUGCUGCAGUCGGCACACAAGUUCAGUGCCCUGGACCCCACGCUAGGCCAACAGUGGAGCACUGGCGACUGGAUACAAUGGAGACGCGGCCAGCCCAGAUAGUGAUGGGGGUGUGAGGCUCGACGGGUUUGUGUCGCCCAUACCUUACGAGGACAACGCCGUGAGGAUCAAGACUGAGGACUGCAAAGAUGAAGCUGUGGAGGAGGAGGUGGUGGAAGAGGAGGAACUGCAUGGGGAAGGGACAUUUCCACCCGUGUGGGACCCAGCAGAAUUUGGCACCGUCAUCAAUGAUGACUACACAGUACGCGGCGAUGAGGGCGUGGACACGAUGUGCAUCACCAAGGAGGAUGGCCACGGCAGUGCUGACGAUGCUGAAGGAGAUGAAGCCUUGCUACUGAGGCCUCCUCCGCCCCUCUCAAGGUCUCCACUACCCAUGACUACACUGCCUGGGCCGUCGUCCUCUCUGCCACCACUUCCACAGCCGCCCUGACACGGCCGCCCCUGUCAGGCCCGGAGGCCAUGCAUCAGCAGUACAUGUACGUGAUCCAGCUCAUGAAGAGCUCAGCUGCGGGAGGCGGACUGGACAGUGGCGGUGGUAGUGGUAGCGGAAGCAGUGGUGGCAGCAUUCGGCCGUUCGCUCCGUCGGUCAAAGAGGCCUUCGCCAGCCGGUGGUCAGCUCCCGAUGGCGGAGCAGCAGCAGGCGGAGGAGGAGAGGUGACGAGAGGGGGUGGCCACCUCCCACCAGAGAAGCUGACGUCACCACUGUUGCUGCCACCGCCGCUCGGAGCGCCGGGCGUUGUGAUCCGCAAGCCCUUCGUGUGCCAGCUGUGCGGCGAGGGCUUCACGCACUCGAGUGGGCUGUCGCGCCACAAGCGCAUCCACACCGAGAAGCUUUACAAGUGCCACGAGUGUGGAAAGGAGUUCCUGCUGGCAUACACGCUCAAGAGGCAUCGUCGUGUGCACAUGUGACAGUGGUAGAUGGGGGUGAGGGGGGAAUGGGAUGGGGUGGCAUUGGGUUAGAUGUGAAAAGCCUUGAUUAUGAUGGACUGUGUUUUAAUUUUGCUGUAGGCAUAGGAGGGAAUGUGAGAGGAGAGACGAAAGUUGAGUGAAAGGAUCUUACUGCACAAAGAAGUAGUAGGUGGUGCUUAGCUCCACUGGUGGCAUCUAUACAGUGGUAAAAAUUCUACAUUCCUAUGGAUGGUGCAUUUUGCUCCAUAGGAUUACCGCUGUUAAUGUCCCAGUUAGUAGUACUUGUUUUAUUAGCCCUGGAGAGAUGAUGGGUUGAGUUGGCCCCCAAUGGGUGAUAUGAACUCACAAAAAGAGUAUUGUGAAUUGAGCGGUGUAACUACAGUAUAGGGUUAAGACGGACAGUGAAUCUAACAGUGACCCCAAAAAUAAACACAACCUUUGCUUGACACUAAGGUUGUGGAUUGAUUCCAGACCAUACCAUAAUGUGGUGUAAGUCGAUUUGAGAUGCUGAGGCAUUUAAGCACCCUAUGAAUACAAAUCAUUAUUGAUGCAAAUCCUAAUCCUUACCAUAGCCUUUAACCUAACCUAUUCCUGCUUUCAUUCUAACUUCCACCCAAACCCUGGCCUUAUGCCCAAAAGAAUAUGACCGAGACCCUCUUUACUUUAACCACUUUGCAUUGGUGCUCUAUUUUAGGAAUUGGUGCUCUGUGUAAAACUCAGAGUCAGUAGUGAAAACUCUGCAUUACUAUGGUGAGAGUUUUAACUCUGGCAUCAAACCUUUACUCUUAUCCUGACUCAGACCCUUAUCCUAACCUUUUACCUAGUAUCCCAGUUAUAUCUCUGACCAUAACUCUAACCGUAACCCUAGCCCAUCAGCUGUGCGCGAUGUCAGUCAUCUCGUCUUACGUGCCACAAGGAUGCGAUGGUAGCUGGCGUUGGUGCACACCUUCAUUUAACUGUUCGGCAAAUACAGGUUUUAGUUUAGUGUAAUGCUCCCUGAAUCUAGCGCAAGCAUUGAAAGUCUUGGCGCUGAUGGUGACGAUCUGCAAGGGAUGUGAUGCCCACCCGCUUAUCACUGGUGGUGAUGCCUUCAUGGACAGUGCAGUAAAUGGUUUUCUGACCUAGUGAAGGUACUGCCUGUAUUAAGGCAGUACAGCAAGCAGUUUUUCACAGGCUUCCUUUACAAUCGAGUCUUUAGGAGUUUUCCUUUCACGCGCAUUGGAGGUUUUAUCCUGGCAUUCUGUUUAGACUAAAACUAUAUUUUAUUGUUAGGAGACUGGAUUGCCAGCUUAGUCAUUUUUUAUACGCACUAGCGAAUAGCAACACAGCUCACACGCACGUGUAAUACGUUCAGCGAUACGUUCAUAGACUCAUGCGUGUAAGAUUAUUUUUGAGAGGGUCCAGAGCAUACAGAACAAAAUAGAUAUACGGUCCAGACAAAACAUUAAAAAAGUUGAAUAAUAUUCAAUCUUGACCACGAAUUGUGACAAUUCAUGAAAUUAUGAUGAGAGUUAAUCAUUACUUGCCUAAUAGGUUAGCUCUUGAUGAUUUAUAAGCAGAUUACCCAGGUUACAGAUCAACCAUGCUCAUUCUCACCCUUUAUGUGUGCGCUGUGUUUAAUUAUUAACUGCUGCUCACUAGCUAAGGAUCCGUGGCUAAGUGCCUACGUGAACACAAGCAUGUUGACAAGUGAACCGAUUACUUUUUUAUUUGUUUAUGCAGGUAAGAAACAUCAAGCUGUUUGACAAGAAUGACCAGGACAAGACCUUGUAGAAAUUAAGGAAUUUCGAGCAUCUAAAUCAUAACAUUGCAGACUACUGAGUAACAAACACAAUCUAGGAUAACAUGCAAGUAAUGCACCACUCAAGGAACACUGGCAGAUAACACAGAAAUAAAACACCGAAUCGUG